AUGGCGACGGCGGCGGUGGCGGGAGUGAGGAUCCCGAGGGGGCGGCACCUCGUGGGGCUGCGGAUUCUCAUCCAGAGCCCCUCCUCCUCCUACUCCUCGCGGGAGUUGAAGGUUGUGGCCAAGUCCUCCGUGAGGCUGCCUUCCUCCCCCUCCGCUUCUCCGGCGAGCUUCUCCUCCUCCUUCCUCAAGGCCUGCCGCCUCUGCAACAAGGAGCUCUCCCCUCUCGACGACGUCUACAUGUACAGGUACACACAGAGAAAGCCAGAGAGAGGAUUAAGAGAGAGAGAAAAGAGAGAGGGAAGGAGUAGUAUGACGAACCAAGGAGAAGCCUAAGAAGAAUCCUCGAUGAAUCAAUGAAUGAAUGGAUGAAUCAAUGAAUGUUUUGUGGUUGGUUGCAGGGGAGAUCAGGGAUUCUGCAGCGUGGAUUGCCGGUGCCGGCAGAUCUCGCUGGACGAGAGGAGGGAGCUCGAGGCCGCCGCCAAGGCCCGGCUCCCGACGCCGCCGCGCCUCCGCUCCGGCCACCGCUUCCGCGACUCCGACCGCCGCCGGCGAAUCCUGGCCGUGUCGUAG